AUGCGAAUCUUGACCAACACACACAUCCAACGACCUCUACCGUCCUUGGCCAAGGUCUGGGCAUUCUUUGAGAAGAGCGCCCCUGUAACGCAAGCUCAAUGCAACACAGAGGCUGAACGCAUCACGGGCGAACCUGUCAAACCUACGGCGGUGCAGGGCGGAUGCAGCUACACUGUUAUCACUGAAAGUGGCUCACUUGUUAUCCAAUUUCGCAGCAGCGACUCUGCUUUAGACCUUGGCUUUCUCCAGGACAUCGAACAAGCCUACAAGGGCUUCGUUCCACACCAUGAGAGCGUGGGCAAGCUGCAUGCGAAUGAUUGCUUCCUCCUGAAGAGGACCCUGAAAGACUACGCAAGGUUCUUCAGCUCGGCAUGGUGGAACACGCCUCAGGCAAUGAAGGAUACAGACCGUGGCGAGCUCCUCCAAAAUUACGACGCCUAG